AUGGCGGUCUCAACAUUACUACCCGAUUCCUCUGUGGAAUCGGUGAAGCACGCCGUCCGCUCGACUUCCACUUGCUCGAAUGCCACGGUGUUGGCCCUGCAGACCCUUUUCCGAGGUGCGUCGAAAGGAAUACCGGAGAUCGAAACGAGCACAGUGAGAAGGGGCGCGAAGGGCACGAAGGAUACAGUUGCUGCCACAGGCCGGACAAAGGCGGUUAGAGGAGCAACUAAGACGAAAAUCUCGCCGAAGAAUGCAACAAUAAACACGGUCGUGGAAAAGGAUGGCUCGCGGCUUUCGUGUCAGGAGAGGCUGGUACUCGCCACGGAGGUUUUCAACACUACAUUAAAGACACUGUCGGAUGAAUUAAAAUUAUCUGCUUCUAAACGUCAGCUUUCGUCUGCGGACGAGACUAGGUCCGCGUCUACCAACGUCCCCUUACAGCCCUCCUCCGCGAACCGCGCGGUCAAGUCACCAAAGAAAACGAAGACAUCUAAACCCACACAAACCGCUGCUGCCGACCUGGAAAGCGGGGCUCCUGCUGUCGCUGAAUGUGCGAGAAUGGCACUGUCGUGUUUACGGACAUUGAAAAGUGAACAAGCAAACCAAGAUGCGUGUCCGAAUGUUCAACUCGAACAGGGGUCAUGUGUUUUGGCGGGAAGAUUAAUCUCAUUGGGCCUGAACGAUGCGGCUUAUAAAGAAUUACGAGCUUUGAAGAGGAGGAUACAACAGUACUUGGACACCGAGGCCUCCGAUCGCAAGAAAAAGACGGAAACGAGGGGGACAAAGGAUGCCCAGGAGGAUGAGGCCGUUAAGGAACGCAUGUCAGAUCUCAUCAAUUUCGCAAACAUUGCCAACGCUCGACCCCUGCAUGGAUUGCUUGUCACUUAUCAGUCGAACGCAUUGCGACUACUUUCGUCGGAGAAAAAGCCUUCUACGGUGCAGAACCUCUGCCCUUCCUUGCAACUAUCGGACCCGAGCAAUCCCGCCAAGGUUAUUAUGGCCGCUGUUGAAUCUGGAAGCCUUCCCAGCGACAAGGCUGCACUCCAGCUACAACUGCUCUCGAACACCGUCCUCUCGCUUUCUUCCGGAACCCAACAAACGAACGACAAGAACUUGGCACCCAGAGACCGAUUGAGGCCGACAACAGCCCUCAACCUUCAACUUUUAUCGCUCGAGAUUCGCUGCAUGGGAUGGAAGCUAUCAGGACAUGAGUGUGAGGAAGUGAGAGAAAUGUGGGAUCCUCUGGCCCGCUACCUUGCAGCUUUUGCCCACCACAGCAAGGGACUGGAAAAGUCCGAGUUCGCUUUGACAUACAAGACAAUCGUCCGACUACAACUAGCUUUCGCAAAUAUCAAAAGGAAACCCACAACAAACGCGAAGGACACCCAUUCAGUUACGCGAAUCGCAACUAUUAUGGGACAGCUCGCCCAGGAAGCUGGCUGUUUUGAAGAAGCCCUCAAGCUCUUCACGGAAGCUCUUGCUCCGCUCUCUGAAGGACAGUGUCUCGCUCUAGCUACAGUUCGGUGCAAAAUGGCAUCUGUACAUUUCCAAGCUCUUCGGUCUUCGAGUAAAUAUUCACAAAGUGAUGCCUCGACUGCAGUUUUGGAUUCUACGACGGCACUUGGGAUGCCACUCAAGGGCAACUCUAAUGACUUGGAUGAACUGCUUGUUGAGGCAGCGAAAUUGAAGAAAGUUGCGAUGGGAUGGCUCGGGGAUGCAGUCGCCAAGGACCAGAACAAUAGUGACAACGAUGAAGAGGACGAACUUCAUAUUAGAAUCCGCGAAUACCUCACUUCCUUUGUUCGAUUUCUCCGCCGAUACGUCGGUCGCCAACCUUCCCAGGACGAUGAACCAAAGGACCACGAAGCGUUCCAGAAAAGAGCCUUAGCAUCGAAAAGUAUUGUUCUUGCAGCUGUUGAUUCAGCUGUAGCAAUCGGAAAAUUAUCAGUCAUGUCCCAGAGCCCACCAUGGGAGGAAAUGAUUUCCCUGCUUUCCGACUGCCAACGCCUGCUCGUGACUAUGGAUGUUACUUUCGACAAGACUGCAGACUCUUUGGAAGUUGACAAUACCGGCCUUGGUUUUGUCAAAAUGUCGAAUCUAUUCUGGUCCCGGUAUGUCAAGGAAAAGGAACGUGGGCAGGGUGUUAAGGAGCUUCUCCCUCUUUUGAAACAGUCGGCGACCCUGCUUUCAGGAUGCUCAGCAUCUCAGCGAAGCACGGGAUUCGCCGCCUUGAAAUUUGAGAGACUUGCACACCUCUACUUGGAAGCCGGCGCUGGCGUGGAAUCCGAAAAGGCCUUUCAUCAAUCGAUCAAGGAGCAUGUCGACGCUGGCGUUCUGAAGCAAGUUGCAGCUGAUGCAGAAGUUAGCGUGCCUUACCGCAUGCCCCAGGAUCCAAAAAGCAGCGCAUUCAUGCUUAGCCGUGUCCUCAAUGCAUUCUUGAAAAUGAGAUUGCGACACAAGGGCUCGAAGGCGCGCGACGUGUUCGACGACAAGAAAUUAUCCACAGAGCAAAGAGGGUUGGUCCUGGAGUGGCAGCUGAAAAUAUUGACAGAGUUGCAUCCCUAUGCUCUCAGCGAAGAGCACUUCCGCGCUCUGUUCGGUACCCUCCUUUCUAAGACCCUCGACACAUACUCACCUGCACAGCAUCCGCUACGUCGACUGCAGACCAUCAUAUGCGCUGUUCGAUUCUCGCUAGAGCACCCAGGCUGUUUGGAUGCUCCCCUUCUUCAACAGCUUGUCAAGGAAGCAACAACUGGCCUCACAGACGAGCUUGAAGACGGCGAAGACUGCGACCUCGCCCCCUUCGCUGUUCACAUCAAGAAUUCUCUACGCCUUGCUCUCGGACUCCACCAAGGGAAUUUGCAACCCUACGAUCUUGAUCAGUUGAUCUCUUCAUGGACUGCCAUGGCGCAUGGUUGCCAGGAUUGGAAGGCCAUCGAAGCAUGCAUCCUCGAUAUAGAAUAUUGGUCCCUUCAAAUGAAGGCAAUUGUCGACUACACCGAGAUCCACGGAUUAUGGAAGCUUCAGAUCUCGGCUCUCGAACUGGUCCUACGGAUUACAGAACUUCAAGAGUCUGGUGAUUUCUCGGAGGCUAUCGUUGUAAUUUCACGACUGGUUUCGCAAUAUUGCCGACUUGGACACUGCAAGAAGGCCGGUAGCUUGCUUAUGCGCGCCGACCGAUACCUCAACCAAGUUUCCUGCCUAGGUGUUCUCUCAUACAAGCUAGCGCGAGCGGAAUAUCUUCUCGAAACCGGGGAUGCUGAGCAGGCAGCUACUGUUCUUUCAGCAGCUCAAGUUCUCUUUGAGAAGAAUCAGAAGAAGCAAGAUUUGAACGCUUGCUCUGUCCUAUCGAAGAUGGCGUGGGAAAGACUGGUGGCAGAUGCUGCUUUCAUCAGCUCUCGGCUUUCAUUUGCACAGGGCUCGAUCACCAGGGCUCUGUUCUUUGCCAAGUUGUCUGUCAGGCUAAACUGCAGAAUCUGGGCUAAGGUUGAGAAGCUCUCACAAAGAAAACAGGACAAAUAUUUGCCCACUAGCAAUAGCUCUGAGAUCGAUACCGUUGUCGAAGGAGUAGCAAAACUCGAUGUCUGUCAGACAUCUAAACCUGAUUCAUCCGUCAGCUACUCGCAGGGAGCACCAUUCUGGCCGCACAUUGGCUCUCAUCACACCUCCCUCUUGCACCUUGCGAAUCUAUCCGCUCAUCAUGGCCUCUUCCAGGAUGCCAUAUACUACGGAGAACAAGCCUUAAAAAUCAACAAGACCCUCAACGCCAAUGUUCGGCUUAUCGCAUCCCAGGCUCAGCUUGGUUCUCACUGGAUUCUAGGCGGUCAUUUGUCCGAAGGUCAAGACCUCUUGGCUGCUGCGUCUACAGCGUCUAAGCGAUUGGAGAGCAGCAUCGAAAUUGUAUCGCUGCAAAUGAGCCUUGCCUCCCUUCACCGAGCACAAGGGCACCACAAAGACGAACUUCGUGCUCUUCUCGAUGCGGAGAAGGUCAUGUCCGACGUCCUUGUUUCGGAAACUGCUGAUUCGUCUAGUGAGCUUGAGGAUAAGAUGGAAAAUCUCCGGAUUCGGGGAACAAGCCGCAGAACGCAAACACAGGGAACAACGACAGUCCGACGAACCCGAGCGGGCACAACAUCCUCAAGGGGCGGUACGAAGAGAGCUUCGCCUGUGACUGCGGACUCUCCUGUGAUCGAAUCAAACGCCUUGUCCCAACUACGAACCGAAGUUCUGCGACAGCAAGCUGGUUGCUCACGUACAAUGCGAGACUUUGACAACGCGCUAUCUCUGUUGACUGAAGCUCGAAAAUAUGCAACUUCCCGAGACAGCCAAAUAUCCCUGCAUAUUGGCGAGAGUGAGCAUCUGCUGGCAGAUGCCAUCAGAAACUUUGCAAGCCAUGCAGUAUACUGUGUUCUUCCGGAGUCUACUAUUUCGCUUCCCGCAUUGCAAUCGCCGAUAAAGGCUGCAGACGAACCAACUCCUUCGACUGUGAAACCCUCGACUGUGCGGAAAACCCGAGCACCCGCCAAGGGAACACGUUCCAGAGCCCAGAAGGCAACCGAUGACUUUUCUGUCAUGCUUUCCAAGGCUGGGGAUUGUCUCAACAAUGUUUUCGCCACCGCUACUACCUUGGGAUCGACUCUCGAUAGCCAUGCAGCUUCCCGUCUGAUGAGUCGGAUCUCCAUGCUUUCCCACACCACUGCCCCUGAAAGUCCAAUCGCCUGGCCCCAGUCACCGGCGAAUGUGAAUGAAAUCGGUCGAAUCGGCGCAUUCACCCGGGAACGCACGGCGAUUGAUAUCGACAAGCAACUGGCUGACUUUUCGGAUCCUCUACUCUGGCCAGCAUCGGCGAUAUCUACCGUUGAGCUUGAAGAGGACUUGUGCUCGAACUUCACUCAGGAAUAUAUUGAUAUCCUCCCAGAGAGCUGGAAUGUUCUUUCCUUGUCCCUCAGUGCAGACCGUUCUGAGUUUAUUGUUUCGCGCCUGCAGAAAGACCACACCCCAUUCUUGUUGCGACUUCCUCUCAGAAGAGGUAAUUCCGAGGAUGAUGAAGAGGAGCAAUUCACCUUCGAAGAUGGAAGAGAGGAAAUGCAAGAGCUUACCAGGCUCGCCAACGAAAGCUCACACGCUGCUCGGCUGCAAACCGACAAGAACUCCAAAAAGGAAUGGUGGAAGAACCGCGAGGAGCUUGACCGACGAAUGGAGACUCUCCUUCAAAAUAUUGAAAGCAUUUGGUUUGGAGGUUUCCGGGGUAUUUUCUCUCCCACACCUCGUGAGCCUUCUCCCCUGGCUCGUUUUGCGAGUGCUUUCCAGAACAUCCUUGACAAAUGCCUACCAUCACGACAAAAGGGUGGACGGACUACGGGACCCAAACUCACACUGCACCAGAACGUGCUGGAGCUAUUCAUUGGAGUGAAGGGCUUGGAAGUUGAAGAGGAUCCCGAGGAUACAUUGAUGGACCUCCUCUAUUUUGUGGUGGAUAUUCUACAAUUCCAGGGAGAGCGAAAUGCAUACGAUGAGAUUGACUUCGACAUGAUGGUUGUUGAAACUCUUGAUGCAUUGAGAGAAUACCACGAAGCUGUGCAGGAAGAGCAGGAACAGCAGUCGCCACAACACACUGUUUUGAUUCUCGACAAGGCGCUGCACUUAUUCCCCUGGGAGUCUCUUCCUUGCCUGCAAGGAUAUCCUGUGUGCCGAGUGCCCUCACUGGAAUGUUUGCGUGAUCGUGUCCUGCAAUUCCGACAGGAACGGGGUGACAAUGAUCUGUCAAGGCUAGGAAUUGAUCGUCAGAAUGGUGCUUAUAUCCUGAACCCUGCUGGUGAUCUGCAGAGCACCCAGUCGACAUUUGACGAGGAUCUUUCAAAAUUGGACAACUGGACCAGAAUUGUUAAACGGGAACCAACCGAAGACGAAUUUAAAGAAGCCUUGGAGUCACGAAGCGUGUGCCUCUACUUUGGCCAUGGUAGCGGAGCGCAAUACAUCCGCGGUCGGACGAUCAAAAGACUCGAUCGUUGUGCAGUCACUUUCCUCAUGGGCUGCAGCAGUGGUAGCCUGACCGAAGCAGGCGAGUACGAGCCGUACGGCACACCGCUGAACUACCUGCAGGCUGGCAGCCCGGCACUGGUCGCGACGCUCUGGGAUGUCACCGACAAGGACAUUGAUCGGUUUGCUCAAUCAACCUUUGAGCGAUGGGGUCUUAUUGGAGAGCAGAGUGUGAACGUUAGUUCUUCGAAGAAGGGGAAGCCUCGUGCACCCAAAGGCAAGGGUCGGUCCGCAGAGAUUCCCCAGCCAAUAUCACUGGAUGAGGCUGUUUGUCAAUCACGAAGUGCUUGUGUGUUGAAGUAUUUGAAUGGUGCUGCACCGGUUAUAUAUGGCGUUCCGUCGGUGUUUUUGGAAUAG